CCCCACUCCCGGCAUGCACACGAAGUCGAAUUAUUGCUAAUGGCGGGUAUUUGUAGGAAAUUAUGCCCUUUUUACGCUAUUGUUUGCUAACUGUACACAUUAAGAUAAAACAGCGGAUUUAACGCUACUGGUCUCUGAGUGUUUCGAAGUAUCUUUGAGGACAAGCAAAGCGCAGGAGCAGACUUAGAGGACUUGGAGGGGGCAUUGUAACUGUUAUCAUGUGGCUGCUGUCCGUUAUUCACUGAUAUAAACUGAUAUUGAGCAGGAAGACAGCAUGUGUUUGAGUUGAGAUGUAGCUCCCGUAGCGAUGUUAGCUCACCUCAACGUCUGUCUCAGAGCCACAACUCCUCGACUACUACACAGACAGCUAGCUAAGUUAAUGGGACGGAGGAAGUUUAGCUAGUAAAGAAAGAAACUUGACGUUCAUUCAUUCGACUGUUAGCUUUGGUGCCAUUAAAUCUCAUGUAGCGGAAAUGAUUUCCCUGAAGUCAGCAGUGUUUUUAAUGCUAUUAUUAAUUGCCGUGGUUCAAGUUAACGGUAGCUCGAAACUAAAUAUACCCAAAGUGUUGCUUCCGCUUGCUCGGAGUACAAAGAUUAACUUCACGUUGGAAACUACUGAGGGUUGCUACAGAUGGUCUUCCACCAGACCAGAGGUAGCAAGCAUCCAGGCUGUGGAUGAAGAGAGUAACCGAGGCUGCUCCCGGAGAGCUGUUCUCCAGGCUCUCUCCACCCAGCCCUCCAGGCUGACCAGCAUCAUUCUGGCUGAAGAUGUUGUUACCGGACAGGUACUACGUUGUGAUGCUAUUGUUGACAUCAUCAGUGAGAUCCAGAUAGUGUCGACCACCAGAGAGCUGCAUCUGGAGGACUCACCACUGGGACUCAAAAUUCAUGCACUGGACUCUGAAGGAAAUACCUUCAGCACCCUUUCUGGUCUAGUGUUUGACUGGACCUUAGUGAAAGAUGUAGAUGUGAAUGGAUUCUCCGACUCUUACAAUUCAUUACGGGUACUUAAAUUCUCUGAGUCCACCUACACACCCCCUGGAUACAUAUCUGAAAUGGAGCGUGUUGGGAAACAGGGCGAUAUUAUUUUGGUGUCAGGAUUGAAAACAGGACAUGCCAAGCUGAAGGCCAAAAUUCAAGAGCCAUUGUAUAAGGAUGUGGGUGCAGCGGAGGUGAGCCUACUGAUUUUAGAGAACAUCAUGCUGAGUCCUGCACACGAUGUCUACUUGCUGGCGGGAACUUCCAUCCGAUACAAAGUCCUGAAGAUAAGACAGGGCACGAUCACAGAGCUCUCUAUGCCUUGUGAUCAGUAUGAACUGCACCUUCAGAACAGUGCAGUUGGCCCUAAUGGAAAUCCAGAUGUUGCUGUGGCCAGUCUGGAUCAAAGCACCUCCAUUGUUACAGCAAUUCAACUGGGACACAUGAAUGUGGUGUUGGAUCAUAAGAGUCUUCGAAUGCAAGGAGUGUCUCGCCUACCCAACAGCACUCUGUAUGUGGUUGAACCAGGCUACCUAGCUUUUAAAAUUCGUCCAGGAGAAAGCUGGGUUCUCGAAACGGGCAGAAUAUAUGACAUCCUCAUUGAAGUAUUUGAUAAAUCCGGCAACAAAAUUUACCUCUCUGAUAAUGUCCGUAUUGACACUGGUUUCCCUGCGGAGUACUUUGAGCUCCUGGAGUCUUCUCUGAAUGGAUCGUACCAUCGUGUCAAAGCUCUCAAAGAAGGCCUAACUCUCAUUGACGCUACCCUAAGUGCUGUUGUGGAUGAAACUGGAAAUGUCCAUGCACUAGCCAACCCUGUCCACAACGAACAAGAUGUAGAAAUCUAUAAUCCCAUAGUUCUUAGUCCCAGUAUUCUCACAUUUCCAUGGCAGCCCAAGGUUGGAGCUUAUCAGUACACAAUAAAGGCAACGGGAGGGAGUGGAAAUUUCAGCUGGUCUUCCUCCAAUACAGCUGUCGCCACCGUGACCGUGAAGGGAGUGAUGACGACAGUCAGUGACAUUGGCGUCAGCGUAGUUUAUGCUCAUGAUCUACGCAACCCUCUACACUUUGGCCAGAUGAAGGUGUACGUUGUUGAGCCUGUGGCCAUGGACUUUGCUCCUUGCCCAGUAGAGGCAAGGGUGGGCCUGGUUCUGGAUCUGCCACUCAGGAUUUUAGGCCUGCUGGAGGAAGUGGAGAAAGAGCAGGUCAUGUUGAGUGACUGCUCCCACUUUGACCUGCAGGUUGAAGAGGAGAACCUCGGCGUCUUCCAACUGCUAGAUGAGAGACUGGCUCCAGGCCAGGACCACUGCAGUGGGGUGAGAGCCAAGGCCCUGGCUUCUGGGUACACCAUGCUUACUGUCAGCUACACCCAUGGCAAUGUUCACCUCAGUGCCAAGAUCACCAUUGCUGCCUAUCUACCUCUCAGAGCGAUUGACCCUGUAUCUGUGGCCGUGGUGACUCUGGGAUCAUCUAAAGACAUGUUGUUUGAGGGCGGGCCACGGCCUUGGGUUUUAGAGCCAUCAAAGUUCUUCUGCAGCUUGAGAGCCGAGGAUGAGGCCAGCGUGAGCCUUACUCUGACCAGUCCCACAUCUCACAACUACAACCAGCACUGGGUCAGAGCAACCUGCAGAGCCUUGGGAGAGCAGGUGCUGGAGGUGACGGUCGGAAAUGAGGCCAGUGUGACCAAUCCUUACCCUGCUGUGGAGCUGGCAGUGGUCAAGUUCGUAUGUGCCCCCCCAUCUCGUCUCACCCUGGUCCCAGUGUAUACCAGCCCACAACUGGACCUGACCUGCCCACUGCUGCAGCAGAACAAACAAGUGGUGCCUGUGUCAAACUACCGUAACCCCAUUUUGGACCUGGCUGCAUUUGAUCAACAAGGAAGAAAGUUCGACAACUUCAGCUCUCUGAGUGUGUUGUGGGAAUCGACCAAGAUGUCAGUGGCCAGUAUUGAACCUACUAUGCCCAUGGAGCUGCUGCUGUCUCCGGAUGGCAACAAACAGAAGAAACUUCAUGGACGCCGGACAGUUCUUGUCCAUCAUCAGACAGGCAUUGCUGCCAUUACAGUGACCACUCUGGGUUACCAGGUUUCACAUCUGGAAGAUGCCAAAGUUCCCAGUCCAUAUGACCCCCUGACCCCUGUCUCAGCCACCCUGGAGCUCCUGUUAGUUGAAGAUGUGAAGAUUUCUCCUGUCACAGUGACCAUAUACAACCACCCAGAUGUGCGAGCAAAUCUGGCUCUGCAAGAAGGUUCAGGUUAUUUUUUCGUCAAUACCAGUGUUAAAGGAAUAGUGGACGUGGUGUUCCAAGAGGCCCAAAGAACAGUUCAGGUUUCUCCCGUCUACCCAGGGGAGGUGAAGGUGAUGGUUCAUGACCUUUGUCUGGCAUUUCAAACACCUGCAACGGCCACAGUACACGUUUCUGACAUCUUGGAGGUUUAUGUGCGAGUGGUUGACAAGGUGGAGAUUGGCAAGUCUGUGAGAGCUUAUGUCAGAGUCUUGGAUUCCAAUAAGAAGCCCUUCCCAGCCAGCAAUUUCCGUUUCAUGAAUCUUAAGCUAAAGGCAGCUUCUGCAAUAGUCUCUCUAAAACCAUUAGUGGAGUCCACAGAAAAUGAUACAGCAGUUUUCCUGGUGAAAGGUGUUGCUAUUGGUCAGACUACUCUGUCAGCUGUUGUUGUGGAUAAAGAUGGGAGAAAAAUUACAUCUGCACCUCAGCAAAUUGAGGUAUUUCCACCAUUCAAACUCGUCCCAAGGAAAAUAACUCUGUUAAUUGGAGCAAUGAUGCAGAUCACAUCUGAGGGUGGCCCUCAGCCUCAGUCCAAUAUUCUUUUCUCCAUUUCCAACGAGGAAAUAGCUUCUGUUAAUGGCAUGGGUCACGUCAGGGGUGUUACCAUUGGCAAUGUCACUGUGACUGGAUUGGUCCAAGCUGUUGAUGCCAAAACUGGGAAGCUAGUCGUUGUCUCUCAGGAUCAAGUAGAAGUUGAGGUUGUGCAAUUGACGGCCAUUCGAAUCAGAGCACCUAUCACAAGAAUGAAGACAGGAGCGCAAAUGCCUGUAUAUGUAAUGGGUCUGACCAAUAGUCAAACACCGUUCUCCUUUGGCAAUGCUCUACCUUACCUCACCUUCCACUGGUCCACCACCAAGAGAGAUAUUCUGGAUGUCCAGCCAAGACACACUGAGGCUAAUGUGGAGCUCCAGUCAGGGCACAGCUUCGGCAUGAGGGUGACUGGAAGAACUAGAGGGCGGACAGGGCUGAAGGUGGUGCUCAGAGUUACUGACCCUGAAGCUGGGCAGCUAGUGGGGAAUCUGCGGGAGCUGACAGAUGAGAUCCAGAUCCAGGUCUAUGACAAGCUGCACAUGCUUAAUCCUGAAGUGGAGGCUGAGGAGUUACUGAUGGCUCCGAACUCAGCCCUCAAACUCCAAACUAACAGGGAUGGUGUGGGCGCACUCUCUUACCGGAUGCUAGAUUGCCCUGACCAGGUUGUUAUCGCUCAAGUGGAUGAUAAGGGCUUUCUCUUCUCUGGUUCUCUAACUGGCACCUCCUCUCUGUUGAUCACCUCGCAAGAGACCUUUGGUGUCAAUCAAACUCUCAUCAUUGCUGUGAAGGUGGUGCCUGUAUCCUAUCUGCGCUUCAGUACCAGUCCAGUGCUCUACACACACACCAGAGAGAGCCUGAAAGCCUUCCCCCUGGGCACAGUGCUCACCUUCACUGUCCACUUUCAUGCUAGCACUGGAGAGGCCCUACACAGCUCCAACUCCCACCUUACGUUUUCCACAAACAGGGAUGACUUGGUGCAGGUGGGAAUUGGGCCUGAUAACAACACUCUGACAGUGAGGACGAUCAAUGUAGGCCUCACUCUUCUUGCAGUGUGGGACAGUGGAAACGUGGGUGUGGCAGACUACGUUCCAUUACCUGUUGAGCAUGCCAUCCACCCACCUGAGGCCCACAGACUGGUGGUGGGGGAUGUGGUCUGUUUCACCCCCCAUUUAACCAAUUCAGAUGGUGGUCAUGGUAUUUGGAGCUCCUCGGCUAAUGGUGUUCUUCAGAUGGACCCUAAAAGUGGGGCAGCCGUCGCCAGAGACUCUGGGACCGUCACUGUGUAUUACGACAUACCUGGUAUAUUGAAAACAUACAUAGAGGUGGUAGUAGAAUCAGCUACAAAGACGGCAGCUAUGGCACAGGCUACACCUGUCAGGAACGGCAAGGCAUCAAAGGUCCUACUCACCACCAGAGAGAGGGGGACGAACCUAAUUGGAACCUGUUCCUCUGCCCAGACGGAAGCUAUUUCACAGCUGCAGCCAGAAACCUCUGUCAGCUGCCAUCUCAGCUUUACCAGUGAUGCUGUUGACUUCUCUGCUAAUGAUGUCUUCAAAACACACACCGACUUUGACUCCAGCAUUGGCCUCUACACAUGUUCCAUGGCCUUGCAGCCAAUGACUGACCAACAGACUCGUGUGCUCAGCAUGUCCAUGACCAACCUGCUGGUGAAGGCAGUCCUGAAAGGCAGUGCCUUUGCAGGGGAACAAGUCAGCGCCGUGCUGCCCAUAGAGCCAGGUCUCUACUCUGACCAGACUGAGCUGCUGCUGUCAAACCUGCACCCAUCAGCUGAGCUUACCAUCUACGGCCCGACUGCAGCCCUGUCCAACAUGGAGGUGGUGUCUACUUCUUCCAACAUUGCUGUUCAUGAGAACGAGGUACACGAUGGAUUCCCCGGUUUCUCAAAGUACACUGUCAGCGCUGUGGACCCUCAGGCAGCGGUCUCUGCUUCUAUUUCCAUAAGUAGCACUUCCUGCAGCCAGACUCUCACCAUCCCUGUCACUUUGAUUCACGUGGCUGAUCCCAGUGCUGCUAUGCAAGCAGCUGCUGCUCCAGUUGUUACCAUGCAGGAGGGCCACUCCCUGCACAGCUUCAUAAACUGCUACCAGAUGAUGUUCUUCACCCUGUUCGCUCUGCUGGCGGGUACAGCUAUCAUCAUCAUCGUCCUCCACACUGUGUUCUCUCCAAAGCAACAAGCUUAUCAUCCUGCUUUCAUGCCAAGGACACCAUCACCCACUUCAGGUUUAGACUCUGUAGACGGGAAUUCCUUCAACCGCAGAAUACCGAGGAUGGACCCAAAUAGCAGCCCCAGGUCGCGUCUCUAUUCUCCGGACUACAGGACCUGAUGAAGCUCUCUGUCUGAUCUCUAUUCUUCAAAAGAAGAACACCACAGGCCAUUAAUGCAUAUUGAACGUGCCUCUGUCCCUCAGUGUGAAUUAUAUGGGAUGUGACUGCAAAAUCUCAGUUUCAUUCAGUUGUCUUUACAUGUUGGUACAGAUGCUUAAAAGAAACUUUUCAGAAUAGCAGAUCAGUUAAGUACUGCAAGCUGAAAACAGGGCUAUUUUCUUUUGUGUGUAUGUUUUUGUGUGUGGAAACCGUUAAUAUAUAUAUGUGUGUGUGUGUGUGUUCUUUUGUGGUUUUCCAUGGAAAUCGUUUUUAUACAAAACCACUGCGGUAUUAACUGACAUCUUUUGAGGCUCAGAUCACUAGUUUGUGCUUAAAUACAGUAAGGAUUCUUUUUGCGUUUGUUUGCCCUUUACUUGUGUGCUACUUAUCCUAUUUGACAUUGAAUAACUCAGGAUGACUGUAGUUCUUGUGUGAAAGAAAACAAACAUUAACUUGAAGAGACUUUUAUGAGUGGAAAAUAUCCCUUGUUUUGUUGUAGCUUAUACAUAUUGUGAAAAUGCUGUCCACUGAAAACCGUCCAUAUAUCAACAACCCGUCCAAUGUGCAUAAUCCUAACCAGGAAAUGGUUGGUUUUAUUUUGUUUUGGGCAUUUUUUGGAAGUUUAACUUCCCUGUUAUGUGACAUUAUUGAGUUUUUGAGCCACAAUACAUGCAGCUCCUGUCUAAUUCAUGAAUGUGAAACAGUUAAGGAAUGUGAACCAUCAUUCAGUUUUUAUCCUGGUGUUGCUUCAAUGCAAAAGCAAUCAAAUGUGACCAGUUCUCAUUUCUGAAAAUGUAAUGUUUCUGUUUGUUUUUUUUCCCGACCACAUUCGUAGGGAGAGAUUACUGUAGCACUGUUGAAUUGCCGGGGCAUAAGAGUGUGACUUUGUUUUAAAUGAGAUAUUUUUGUAUUUGAAAAAAAAGAUGUUGACAGGCAAUCAUAUUUAUGUUAGCUAGUGAAAUUCAGUUUUUGUCAGAGAUGUUUGUGUGAUGGUUUCAGUGCUGUUUUUGUGUUUAAGAUUCAUAGUCACGCCUUACAAUCAUAUCUGAACGGCUUUCAGCACAUAAUACAGACACAAGUUUGCUUGCUUGUGUUAAAAUGCUCUUGCCUUUGCUAAUUAAAGUUUUUACUUUUCAUGUUCA